CAAGUUCGCGCGCGCAACGCUUGUUUUCCCCCCUAUUUAUUUAUUUAUUUAUUUAUUUAUUUAUUUAUUAUUUUUAAUUAACUCAUCCCAUAAUCAUAUUCCACUGCUGUGUUUUUUCGUGAACCUGCGCCAAAGGACAAAGUAAGAGGAUUGAAGCUCAGAAAUUUAGUAAGUGGUUGUUGACGCCAUGAAACUGGCCGUGGGAAUAUGCCUGUGUUGGUUGGUGACGCUCAUGAUGGUAUUGGACACUGGCGUGGCAUCACCAGUACCAAAAACUUCCAGUGAAGCUCGCCAGUCGCCUCCAGCUCCCUCUCCCGUCGAUGAUGACGACGAUGAUGAUGAAGAGGACGAUUUGGAGGAUGCUCUUGAUGAUGAUGAUGACGAUGAUGACGAUGACGACGAUGAGACGCCGUCUGGAAGCAGCGAUGACGACGAUGACGACGACGAUGAGGAUUAUUUCGAGCGCUUCUUCGAUGACAUCCUCGGUGAGGACGACGAUGAUGAUGAUGACGACGUGAGCUCAUCCACGGGAGUGCAAGUUGCUCCGGCACCACCUCAGUCAGCAGUUGACUUGCCACCAGCCGACUACACUAAUGAAGUUGAUGGUGCACCUGUGUUAUACGACGAGGACGAUGCUAAUAUCGAAAGCGUGGACGUUGUGGCGCCAUCUAUUGAUACGAUUGAGGGAGGUGUGAAGGAUCCUGCUGAGACCGCCGCGGCUGCCGCAGCUGAUGAUGACGAUGAUGACGACGAUGAUGAAGAAGAUCUCGAGGAUGCCCUUGAUGACGACGAUGAUGAUGACGAUGACGAUGACGAUGACGAUGAUGAUGAGGAUAUCAUAAUUGAAGCGCGGAAGUCACAUGCAGAACCGCGUCUCGUAAACGACGGUCAGUAUAAUCAAUUAAUGGAUGGUGUCUUUAAGCGCUUCAAUAACCUUCUAAAGCGUCAUUAUGAUCCUGUCACGGUACAUUUAAGUACAUUGUCUGAUGCAACUCGACAACAGCCCAUUAAAAAAAAGCGGCCUAAAUCUACAGAUCCACGCGCAAAGGCAACACUCCAUGGGUUGGCGUCCUUGGUUAGGAGCGGAGAAGCGCGUGUACGCCAGCUUGAGGGAAAUAUAACAAUGGUGAAGUCUAAAUUCAAUUUGGGGCCUCUUCGACUCCGUGUGGAGAAAAUGUGGGGUCGUGGCUCCAAGCGGGAGCUGCGCAGCGCAACAGCAACUACAACUCAAAUGACAGGCCAGAUUUCGGUGCGUGUAGUGAAAGACACAGCAGCGCUACACAGUAUUCGAGUACAGCAGCCACGGCAGGUGAUGGUAGAAGGUGUGCCACGGCAUAAGGAUAAAGUAGUUGGCAUUGCGGCAGAGAAAUUCAUAAAAGCCGCGCGAUCGCUGUUCGGUACAUGGAAACUUAAUAUGCAUUAAGAAGAUCUACCAUGCGGAAUUUCUUGCUUAACUGGAAUGAACUUGUAAUGUCAGUUACAAGCAAAAUAAACAAACUGUGCAAAAUACCACCUGCUGAUAAGAAAUAUAGAGCAUGUAACGAGAAAAAUUAUCAGCAGUUCUUAUUCAUCGGACUUCUCCCCUUUCUUUUCCUGAUGGACUGAGAUAGAAACACCCAAACCAAAAUGAUUCAUUCAAAUUUAAUGCAUUUGUCAGUUUUAUUGAACUAUUUCAUUCUAACUAUUUCACUCAAAUAGUUUUACUGCUUUAGUGGAAUUUAGUUCCAGAAUGUGUAGAAUGAAUACUAAGCUCACAAUAUUUAUUCGUGUCAAAGACUAUUGAAAGAUAGUGUGAUUAUUAGGUAUUGCGCUGUUGGUCUCUUUUUCAGAUUUUAGCUGUGAUCUGAUGAAAUAUUUGGAAUUAUGUUCUAACUAGAACCAUUAAGUACAGCAAUAAAAUUU